AUGAAUGACCCUCGUCCAUACCAUGUCCUCGGCUACGGCACCCUUUUGGGUACCCAAUUCUUCCAGUCCUUCGUUGGUGGAGUGGUCGCAUUCCGCGCCUUGCCGCGCCCCCAAUUUGCCAGUUUGCAAUCCGCCAUCUUCCCCGUGUACUUUUCACUACAGACUGCGCUCCCAGUAGCUGUAGCUUUGACCGCCAGCGCUGGUGGUAGUGCCCUAGGUCUUUCUGGCCUCAUGGCCCCUGAAAACCGCUAUAACACUACGCUGCCCCUGGCCGCUGUUGCCAUCGCUGGCCUGGUUAACAACGUUGUUCUGCGUCCGCUUACUAUCAAGACUAUGCGUGAGCGUAAGCACCAGGAAACUCGCGACGGAAAGAAGAGCUAUGACCCUGCUCCUCACUCCAAGGAGAUGCUGGCUUUGAACAAGAAGUUUGGUCGUGUGCAUGGCAUUUCUAGUCUGAUUAACAUGGCUGCUUUCCUUGCCACGAUCUACUAUGGUGUCGUUCUGAGCAAGAGACUUGAGUAG